AUGAAAGGGUUCCGUAGAGUCCGUUUUGAACCAAAAGAGAACGGCAUACAUGUUGCAAAUCUUCCACCAACAGUAACUGUUGAGUUUUUAAAGUCCUUAUUCUCUGAAGCAGGCACAGUAAUAAACGUUAUCCUUAAACAGAAGCCUACAUCAUGCUAUGCAUUUGUUGAUUUUACUCUACAAGAAGAGGCAGAAACUGCUGUACGUGAUUUCAACUAUACAAAGCUAAAUGGAGAAACAAUUAUUGUUACAAGAACAACAGCACCAGUUGUAAGUGCAAUUUCAUCUGGACAAGGAAACUUAUUCAUCAAAGGAUUAGAUGAAUCUAUUGAUUGCUUACAACUUCACGAAUUAUUUGCAAAUUAUGGAGAAAUCGUUUCAUGCCGUAUUCCAACUCUGAAUGGACAGCCACGUGGAUUUGGAUAUGUACAAUUCCUUAAACAAGAAGAUGCAGAGCAUGCUAUGAAAGAACUUGCUGAUUCUACAGUUAAUGGAAAACCAAUUCAGAUCGGUCCAUUCCUCAAGCGCUCUGAACGUCCACUUAGUGCUGCAUUCCAGAAUAACUUAGACUCAUCAUUUACCAACGUAUUCGUUAAAAAUCUCCCAGAUAACAUCAAUACUCUUCUUUCGCUCUUAAGACUCUUCCACGAGUUCGGAGAUGUUACGUCAGCACGUAUUGUACCAGAAAGACACAUCGGAUACGUAAUGAUGUCUGAACAUGAAGCUGCAGUUCGAGCUGUCGUUGGCCUUUGCGGAAGAACAAUUUUCGGAAAGCGUCUUUCAGUUUGCCGCUCCCUUUCUCCAGCUGAAAGAGCCAAUUUCAUCAAAAAGCCAAUUGAAGAAGUUGAUCUCCCAGCAGAUUCCGCAAACAAAGACAAGCCAACUCCAGAACAAACACCAAGCUCAUUACUCAAGCAGCCAGAAGACACUUUAGCCAAGGCUGUUGGUUCAAUUGAAAUGAAAGAGAAGCCAUUAAGGGAAGCUCAGCAACAAAAGCAAACCCAACAACAAUCCCAGCCAGCACCAAAGCCAGCUGCAGCUCCAGCUCAGCCACAAUCACCUGCUCCACCACAAGCACCUUUAAUUGACCCUGUUCUCUACCAGCAACAAGUCAAUUACUACUACCAACAGCAGAUGAUGCAGCAACAGAUGAUACAGCAGCAAAUGUACGGUAAUCCAGUGCAGCCAAUGCAACCUCCUCCACAAAGAGGUCCUUUACCGAUCAACCCCCAAUUAGUACAACCUCCCCCUCAAAUUCCAGUACAAGUCAGUGUAGAACCACCUUCAUCGAAACCAGCACCAAAACCAGUUCCAAAGCAGCCACAACAACAAAAGGAGAAGACAACAAAGGCUACUUUCGAACCCCCGCCAAAACAACAAGCUCCAAUUCCAUCUCCUACUGAUAUCAUGGUAUCUUCUCCAAAGACAAUGAUAAAACUUGUUCCUACUAAGGAAGAUGUACUCGCUAAGCCUCCUCCACCAUCUGUUCCUGCAAAUACUCCUCAAUCUAAUUCCCAAUCUGACCAGGAUCAAGAACCAGAGCCAGAACUGGCUUCAGGUUCACAGAGUGACUCUGGAAAUGAUAUUCCUCCAGCUAAACCAGCACCAGCUCCAGCACAACCGAUUGGAAACACAAGAACUCGCCAGGAGUAUAUUUCUUCGAGCGAUGAUGAUAGACCAGUUGCAUCCCCAGCAAAUCCAUUUGGAUUUAUGGGCCAGAAAUAA